CCUGGCUGGCUCCAUUGUGUGCUUGCGGAGACCAGGGAGUUGGGAGGAAGGCUGAGGGAGGGUGUGCUGCUUUCGGGUAGGGAUGGAGCCUGAGUAGCUGGGAGAUGGCGGCAGCACCACCCGUGAGGGGCCCGGCGCCAUUGCCAGCUCUGCUUCGACCACUCCUGGGCUUACGGCCUCUCAGCGCCGGGCAGAGAUUCGCCGAAGGAAGCUGCUGAUGAACUCCGAGGAGCGGAUCAGCCGGAUAAUGGGUUUCCACCGGCCGAAGGCGGAUGAUGACACCCAUUCAGAAACAAAGCUUCAACUGGAACAAGAUAAAUCCACCAUUCCUGUUCCUUCUGUUUCCAAGCGUGUUGUGCUUGGUGAUACUGUCUGCAGUCUGGCAGGAACAGCUGACCAUGGAAGCAGUGCAGUAGAGCACAAGGGAGAGAAAAAGGACUUGUUUAAUAUAGCGCCUGAGGUUGGUAGUGAUGGCACCACUGAGCUCCGGCAGCGCAGUAGAGGUGAUCUGAUGGAACAGCGAACACCUCAGCAUGGCCUAGACCAGUAUUUAUCAAGAUUUGAUGAAGCUAUGAAAUUAAGAAACCAGCUGAUGAGUGAGAAGCCAAGCCAGGAAAAUGGAAAUGCUGCAGAGGAAUUUGAUUCUUUCCGUAUUUUUAGAUUAGUUGGAUGUGCCCUUCUUGCUAUUGGAGUUAGAGCUUUUGUGUGCAAAUACUUGUCAAUAUUUGCUCCAUUUCUUACCUUACAGCUUGCAUAUAUGGGAUUGUCUCAGUAUUUCCCAAAGAGUGAAAAGAAGACAAAGACUACAGUAUUAACUGCUGCUCUUUUGCUGUCUGGGAUUCCAGCAGAAGUAAUCAGUCGUUCCAUGGACACAUAUAGCAAAAUGGGGGAUGUCUUCACAGACCUUUGUGUCUAUUUCUUUACUUUCAUCUUCUGCCAUGAACUGCUUGUGUUCUUUUGUUCUGAAGCACCAUGAUAACUCUGGAACUCAGUGUGAUACUUCAGAAGAACUGCAUCAUUCUUUAUUCUGUAAAUAUCUCUGGAUAAACACGUAACCAAUUCUUACUUGUUUCAGUGCUGCUUAAAAUGCUUCUGAAUGGAAGGUCCCAACUUCAAAACUUAAGUUACUAACGCUUCAGUAUUGUGCACGGUGACUUAAAUAUGGCAGAUAGAAUAUAAAGCUCAGUGCAAGGCUGUGGCCUUUCUUUUAAAUUAGGAUAUGUCCUUUCUUACCCGUACUGGCUCUGCCUGUGUCCUUUCUUACCCUUAUUAGCUCAAACUGUGAUCUUUCUCUUUAACUCUACAGUGUGGUAACAUGGCACAACUAAUGUCUUGAGCUUGGUUGAACUGCUUAUAAAUUGUGAUUUGGAUUCCCUAAGAAUUACUACUCUCAUCACCUUUAUUCCUUUUAAUUUCUGACUCUAUACAUUUAACUAUUAAGAAUGUUCUGAGAAAAAAAAAUACCAACCAUAGUUGCCAUUUCUGAAAUGGGAGCUGUGUCAUUGUCCUCUUUUUCCCUGCUGAGAUGGUAGGGUUCUGCUUGUUGUUGUGAAGGGUGGGUUUGAAAUGGAAUGCUAAAGCAAAGCAUGGAGCAAUAAGGCCCAGCCUGAUUCCCGUGUAUGUUUUCUCCAAGCAUUCAGUAGCUCUUCAUCCAAGUUGGUGUCCUCAUUCCCAGUAUUUAUCUAAUCUAUUGUAAUAUGCUGUGUUGAGUAAGCAUUACAAGUUAAAAAGUUGCUCUUUUGAGUGGUUAGACUUCUGUGUCUAAGCUGUCACCAGUUCAUUUUUUUCUGGUUUAGCAAUUACUUCUGCAUCAUAUUUUCUAUAUUUUCCUUUCCAAGAAUAUGUGCAUAUGAAGUUAAGUCUGUUUUACGUAAACACUUCUGAGGGAUUGCUACAUACACUAGUAACAGGCAGUACCUUGGCUUGUGAGGGCACAAAUGGAUCUCUAGCUCUGUUUUAUAGUCAACUUCUUAGUGUGUCACAUGCAUCAUUUGAACACGAGGACCUAGAACAUGUUCAAAUGACAUAAUAAUGCUGUGCUAGAAAACAGGUCUCAAAUCCCAAAAAUAUUUACUUGAAGUAAUUUCCAUCAGAAUCAAUAGGAGCUGAUUCCAUGUGAAUGCUUUACAAUAGGUUCAUUGCUGAAGGCUUCUGUUGUGUCUGAAAGUCCAGUAAAGGCUUGAUUGUUUUACCAACCAAGCCUUUACUGGACUUUCAGGGUUGUUCUUCAGUUAAUUAAGCAUAUUGUCUCUCUUCUCCCUGUCCCUUAGGUUUCUUCAGUAAAUCACAAUUGCUGUUUAUUGUGAAUUGAUAGAUUUUUAUCACUUGAUUUGAAGAAUGUAUAACUAAAGUAAGGUCUAGUAGAGAUACAGUCUAAGGCCAUGAUUUAGGUAUUUGUUUGCCUCCUGUUUCAUGUGAGAAACCCUUCCCUUCCGACUCAUGUCCCCCUGUAUUUUGGUUUGGCGUUUGUAACUAUUGCUAUUCCCUAAUUAAAGAUGCUGCUAAUUCCAGUUAAGAACCUAUGGUCCAUUCCCAAUACUUAAACACUAUUUAGUUAUAUUUACACUGGCCUGUUGGGGAAAUUAGGCUGCUAUAGUAUAUUUUCCAGUAUUGUGAGUGUAUUUUUUCUCUUGGCUUUUGAGGUCUAGUGUCCUGACAGCAGAACAGCCUUGCUGAACAAUCUGGAAGCCUGGGUGUUACUAACGAGUCACACACUCUGGAAAUUUCUGCUACUUCUAAGUUUUACUAAUUUAUCAUUGAAACUCUAUUAUUGCAUAAACAAAAACAAGUUUCUCCUUUUAGAAAUCAUAUUUAGAGUUUUAGUAUUUUUGUUGGGCAGUGAUAUUGGCAAUAGGCUGGAUCCCAUGAGCUUUCUACUCAUGAAAGAGAGAAGCAGGCAAUUUAAUCUAAUUCCCCUUUUAUAUGGUGGCUUUCCAUGCCAGGUGUAAUGUGAUCCAUGAUGAUUCCCCUGCCCCCGCGCAUCAGUUUUUGGACUUGUGGGUUUGGGUGAAGCUUAUUGGAUCCAACUCAGAAUUACUUAAAAGCAGAUGAGACUUACUAUUUUGCUUUUAACUUUAAUAUCUUGUUUGGUGAACCAGACAAUACGUAACAAUUAAGUCUGUUAUGUGGAAAGUGUCCAGAGCUAGGAUCUGUAGAAGGGACAUAGAUACAUAGGAGAAAACAGUACGAACAGCUAUACUGUUGCUUGCUAUCUUUGUGGUAGCAUCUCCCACUGUUAAAAUGACAAAAUUGUGUUCAGUUUGAAACACUACUUCACUCUUUAGUGGUGGGUAUAGUUACGGGAGAAUCAUAAGCAAAACUCUGCUUGUAUGUUAUUCUUUUUGUGCAUCUAUCCUUUCGGUUCCAGACAGCAUGUUCUAUCCAUAUUCAAUAGACUUUGCCCUACUAUGAAAUCUGAAUAUAUAAUCACAAAUGUUCUGGUACGUGUAAUGUAAGAUAGCUCUGUUUUACUAUAUUUCUGCUGGCCUAUUGAAUGGAUGGGCUUCAAAAGAUUCAGAAAAAUGGCUUGGCAAAUAGCUAAAACUGAGUUAGUGUUGAAGGUUUUGUGUUGGCAAAUGGUAAUUGCAGAAAUGCUCCAUCUUUUCCAUAGAAACAUGCAAAGUGCAGAGCCUUUAAUCAUUCUAAACUAAUGUAAAUUGUUGGUAAAUCUUGGUAUUUAUCUCUGUUGUUCAGGCUCACCAUGUUGAAUUUUUAAACAGUGAUGCAGUUAUGCAUUUUGUAUCUAAUUGGACCUUUUCAUUUAAACUACAUACCUAAAAUUUAAAAGAAGAUAGAACCUUCUUAUGUAGCCUUCUCUGCUGUAAAAAGAUAUACGGGAUGUAGUAGCAGGUUAAAAUGUUCCGAAGGUGUUUGAUA